GUAUCGUCGCGGGUUGGAUGUUCGAGGAUGGCGGCGCAAACAGAGAGAGGGAUUCUCCUCAGUGCGCUUAAUCCAAAGUUCCUUCACACCAACUCCACCAGCCACACCUGGCCCUUCAGUGCCAUUGCAGAGCUGAUAGACAAUGCUUAUGACCCAGACGUGAGUGCUAAACAGUUUUGGAUUGAUAAGACAGCAAUCAGAGGUGAAGACUGUCUAAUUUUCAUGGAUAAUGGAUCAGGAAUGGAUAAUGAUAAGAUGUUCAAAAUGCUCAGUUUUGGCUUCAGUGACAAGGAGACUAUAAAUGGCCAUGUCCCAGUGGGCCUCUACGGCAAUGGAUUUAAGUCUGGUUCCAUGAGGUUGGGAAGGGACGCCAUUGUGUUUUCCAAAAAUAAAGAGUCUAUGUGUGUGGGCUUGCUGUCCCAGACAUAUCUUGAGGCGAUACAGGCUGAGAAUGUCAUUGUACCCAUUGUCUCAUUCAAACGCGUUGGACAGUCAAUGCUACCUGAGGCACAACACGCAGCAAGUCUCCAUGAUAUCCUCCAGUACUCUCUGUUCCGGACAGAGGCAGAGCUGCUCUGUGAGCUCAAAGCCAUCAAUGCACAUUAUGCUAAUGAGUGCACAGGAACAAGAAUCAUCGUCUGGAAUCUCCGCAAAACAUCAUCAGGAAAAUCUGAGUUUGACUUUGACAUAGACCGCUAUGACAUCCAGAUUCCAGCUGAAGUAUAUGAGAAUGAAAAAGAAAAAUACAAGCAACCAUGUCGCACAUUUCAGUCAAGUCCAGAGAGUGACUUCUCCUUGCGGGCGUACUGUAGCAUCCUGUACUUGAAGCCCAAAAUGCAGAUCAUCCUUCGCGGACAGAAAGUGAAGACCCAGCUGAUCUCCAAAAGCCUGGCACACAUUGUCAAGGAUAAAUACAAACCCAACUUUCUAAAUGAACGCAUCCCCAUCACAUUUGGCUACAACACCAAGAGCAAAGAACAUUAUGGAGUCAUGAUGUACCAUAAAAACAGGCUCAUCAAAGCCUAUGAACGUGUUGGAUGCCAAAACAGGGCAAACGAGAAAGGAGUGGGCGUCAUUGCAGUGAUUGAGUGCAACUUCCUCAAGCCAACGCACAACAAGCAGGACUUUGACUACACUGAAGAGUACAGGAGAACUAUAACCACACUGGGUGUGAAACUGGAAGAGUAUUGGAAAGCAAUCCGCCAUAAGAAGGGAUUUGACAACAACUUGCCUAUGGAGGAUAUACCGAAGCGUCCUGAUCAGAACUGGGUUCAGUGUGAUGAAUGUCUGAAGUGGAGGAAACUUCCAGAUGGCAUUGACAUGAAUAAACUCCCUGACAAAUGGUUCUGUCGAAUGAAUCCAGACCCUCAGUUCAGGCGAUGUGAAGAAAACGAAGAAGCCGAAGAUUCUGCAGACGAAGCCUCAACCUGCCUAAAAACAUACAAAGAGUAUGAGAGAAACCUCAAAAGACAGCAGGAACAGAAAAAAAUUAAGGCAGAAGAAACAAGGUUAAGACAGGAACAGCAGAAAAACGCAGAGCUGAUCAAACAGAAUGAGAGUCUGAAAAGGAUGCAUUCAAGCCUUGUGCGUCAGCUCCACCACAAUCCCCCAUCCUCACCCAGAUCACCUACAGUCUCUUGGCAAGCGAUGAGCCCUCACAAUUCACAAACUGCCUCUAGCCCCUCAGACAACAUGCCAGUGAUUUCAAAUGUCUGUUCACUCUCCACUCCCAAACGGGUGAAAAGACCUUUAAGUCUGUCCCAGAGCCAAACAGCAAAAAGAGCAAGACCACACGAUGACUACUCGGUCAACACACCAGGAAGUCCAUCAAUAUCUGCAGCUGCAUUAGAUGUCAGAACUUCACCAGGGAAUGCAAACAACAAUGUCAAUAUCAGUGAUGACAGCAGUGAGGAUGAUGACAUUGUUAUUGAUGAGGUCCACAGCACACCGAGACCAAAACCAUCCACCUUUGACCUCUCAAAGGUGAAGACAGAAGAAAACAACAGUGACAAUGCAAUAGAGUUAUUCAUGGAGUGCAGCGAUCAAGCUUUGGUGGACACUGAAACUGAAGACACCACAAAGGGGCCAUCGACUUCAGAAGGACAAACCAACACAACGACCCAAACAGAGUGCUUGAGUAUAAAGAAAGAGGAAGACCAGCAGAUGCAAAAGAAAGAAACUGAGAUCAAGGAGGAGAACAAAAAUGAUCCAAGAGCAAUAAAACAAAGCCCUGGUGAAGUGGAAGGUGGAAUAAUCAAAGAGUCUAUGGAAGUAAACACAUGCAGUAGUUCAGAAGUUUCCAGAACAAAUCUAGAUGGUAUACCUAAGGAAAACUCACUCAGUUUGGAACAACAGACAAAGUCAGAUGUUCUAAACCAGGGAAGUAGGCAAUCGCCUAGCACUUCGCUUUUUCCUAACAUAGAAAUAGAUCUUUUGCCAACCAGUGAAGCCCAGAAACAACAGGAUAACCUGCUAGAAAUCCUGGAGGCCACAGCUCAGGAAAGAGAUAAGUUCAAAGAGAAAGUUCUGGAGAAAGAAAUUCAACUCUUGAAACUGAGCAUAAAGAAAGACCACAGCCAUCAGUGCAUCCAGACAGAUCCGUCAGAGGACUAUAAGACGCUUUAUUUACAGGCCAAUCAGAGCAUCCAAAAGCUUACAGAAGAGAGAGAUGAGUUGAAAAGGAAAGAGGAGGCCUUGCUUAAAGGCAAAGCUGAGAAAGAGGCGCAGGACGAGGUGUGUCGUGAGCGAUUGAAAGCUGAGAGUGAGGGACACUCAUCAACAGCAAAUGCAUUUGUAGAUGCAGAUGAUGAAAUGGCUCUUCAGGUGGACUUUCUUCUGAGUGAGCUGGACACACGCAACGCUGAAUGCCAAGAGCUAAAGUGUAAAUUGGAAAGCCUGGAGCAGGAGAAAGCGAGCUACAAGCAGCUGGAGAAGGAAGUCGAAGAGCUCAGAAAACAGAAAGAGCAAUGGAGCAAAGCAAAUGGAGAUAAAAACACCAGUGCAACACAGACAUGCAGCGCUAGCACAGCUGCAGUCCUUGUGAAUGGCAUCAAAAAUGAUGGAGAAAGCACUGAAAGACCUGCUGAAGGACAGAACACUGGGACACCAGCCAAGCUGAGGGAGCUGAGAAGCAACGUUGCCCGUUUGUUGGUGACUUUUGUUCCUGCACUGGACCUCGACCAAGUGAACUAUGACUGUGAAGUCAUAGAUGAAAUUUUAAAUCAAGUCAUACAGGAGAUUUCCCCUUCUGAGACCAGUUUUACUUAAAGCCAGCAGCUAAAGUGUUCAGCCUUUUGUGGGGGUUUUUUGCAUGGAGACAAAAUGUUCGAAUGUCAAAUGCACUUUGAAAAUGUUCAAAUUUGUUUUAUUUAUUUAUGACUUUACAUCCUGAUUAACAAUUGCAGUUCAUUGUGCCUGUUUUACAUGCAUUUUUACAUAAUUCCAUUCUCUUGGUAUUUGGAAUACAAGGUUGUCAAGAGUAGUAUUUGAACUUUCUGCCACAAAUAUGUAAGUUAUCAAUUAUAUGUCAUUUUGUAUGUCAGGUGUUUUGUUAUGUUUCUCAUGUGCAGUUGUGUGUAUUUUUAAUACACAAUAUUUUUGAUACCCAAUACACAAAUGGCAGUGAAUAAUAGCCAUUUGAUUAGGGGCUUACAUUGUGUACAGGCAGUUGUGUAUAAAGUUGUACAUAUUACCGUUUUUGAAAAGAGGGUUUAAUAUAAAAUAAAAUUCACAUUUGUUUGAU